CGCGUGUAUCUCGUCAGUCGGCUCGGAGCCACGUGCGUGUGCUCGAGAACGAGAAGGUUCGAUACGAGAUACGAAAUACGAAAUACGAAAUAAAGUCGUGAUUGAGGCUGCUCUAGACCCAUACCAGACUUUCUGCUUGAUAAUUAAUCGCAAGUUUCCCGAGCCGAAGCUACGAACAGACGCAAGUUUCUGGUCGCUUCCAGCAGAUAUAUCCGUUUAGCCAGGUCUCGAUCGUUACGGGUUCCGUUACGUGCGAAAAAUCUAAAUCGAUGGCUUGGAAUGGAAAAACGAUCGAACGAUGCGCGAGUGACAAUUUGUUAGAAUCGUUGAAAUCACGGUGAUCUCCUUGACUUUGUCUUCGUGAGCGAAAGAGACAGCCAGGUUUACCGUAAACGUGAAAGAACCGAAUUGUAUUAUAGAGCGUAACUCGGCGACGCAAAGUGUUCGCGGUAAUACGUACCGAUUCGUCUGUACGAUCAGCGAGAACGAACCGCACCGUCUCGACGGUGCAUCGUCUCGCGUUUAAAACAACCAGGAAACCAAAACUCGUAGACAGAUGGUGGAAGGAAGCAGAGUGUACUAAAAAUAUCGGCCGUUGGCACACCGUUGGCUCGCUGUACUUCAACUCGAACGAUCUCAACGGCUGGAGAACCAAGGUUUCCAUGGUCGAGCGUCGUCUUUAAUCACUCUGAGAACUUCCAGGCGCUAGUCGCUCAAAGGGAGGAUUCUCGAUGUUUUACGGUCUAUUCCCCUGGCGGAUCUCGAUGCUAGUUCUCGUAAUUGAACGUUCAUCGGAUUCCUAAUAAUCGAUAGAUAUUAAGAAAAAUAAUGGUAAUCGUAUAAAACGAAAAAAAAGUUGACUCUAUCGUAUCGGAUUAUCAGGCUUGAUAAAUAGUUGCGUUGUCGCAGGUAAACUCGAAGUUGUUUGGUUGGUUGGAAAGCGAUAAGAUGAGCAAAGUGCGCAAAGUACGCGUUCGUUCGUUUCGCGUCAUCGGAGAAAUUCAACUUUAUGGAAGUUUGAUUUGUCGAGAAUAAAUCGUGAUUCUCGAGGAAACAAGAGUGAUAUACUAGCGUAUCCACUUUCGCAGUGUUACAUAAACAAGUAUAGCGUAACUAGCGUAUACUCUACAUAUAACUCUAGCAAUUACUUUGCGCCGAGGCAAAGUAAUAUGUAUCCUCGAGUCUUUUCACCAGCGGCGCGGCGCAGCGCGGCGUUGUCUCACUCUGUUCUCCUUGUUUCUCGCUCGAUCGUCCUACCGUAAUCCUACACACCCAGCUACUUCCGUUCGAUUCAUCGAUUUGUCGCGGCCGCGGCCGCGGCCGCAACGAUCGCGUGUACCCGUUCGACCGAAUAGACUUUUGUAAUAGAAGAAGAAGAGAAUCGAGUAAAAUACGAAUAGGUGUAAGAAUGCAGGUACGAUUGUCGUAUGCCUAACACUAAUAGAAGAAAGGGAGAAAGAUUGGGAAAAGUGUCGCGAUAAAAGUGUUGGUACGAGCAGCACUUGGACGAGCCACUUCAAAGUUCACGGUCCUCGUGUUCCUCGCGAAUGAUGCGCGACUAUCGUCAUCGGGGGAAGCGAUUUUAGCCCCUGUUCGAGGUCGAGUUCUUUCACUCGUGGUGUUUUACGGCGCGCAGCGCGGUUGUUUGAAAUUCUUCGCGCAGAGUCGCGACCGUAUUUAUAGACCCGCAUCGAGUGUGUACGCACUCGCGAGUUGACGCGCGUAGAAUCACGCGCACACCUCCUCUCGAAGAGGCUGGAGGAAGUCAGAGGGAAAAAGGUAGAGAAUCGCGCAGAGAGAGAGAGAGAGAGAGAGAGAGAGAGAGAGAGAGAGAAAAAAAGAGACGGAAGAGCUGCACGAAGGGACAAACACGCGGCACGUCGCGAUCAUGAAGCGAUGCAUCCGCGACAGGAGCACCGGCCCGCUUCGUCGUCGAGCACGUCCUCGGCGUCGUCGAACUGUCUGCGCUGGUUGCCCCCACUGGGAGGCCUCGAUUCACCGGGCAUGAUCGCCCAGCUGCCAGGGACGAACGCACACUUUGCCGUCGUCCUUCUACUUCUGACCAUCGGAACUGUCGUCUGCGUCGACGGCACCUCGAGUGGAAGCAAAACACUCCUGACCGAUGGAAACAAUAAUGCAAGUUGGCUGCGCGUAAAUCUGCAGGAUUACGUUGGAGAACACGUGCCAACAAACAAAUCCACGAAACUAUCACUUUUUACAAACUGGAGCGAAUGGUCGGUGUGCGACCGACACUGCACCCAAAAUCGCGUUCGAAGGUGUCGAACGAAAAAGAAAUGCGGCACCACGAUACACAGAGAGGAGCGCACUUGUCGGCACGACAAAAAGAGUAGAUGGGGACGAUGCAAGCAGCGGCAGAGGCGAGGCCAUAGGCGAAAGAACAGGUUCCAUGUAGUACAAUUGCCUAAGAAGGAAGCAGAACCUCGGCAAGGGGAACGAAGAGGCAAGAAUGCUAAAGAGAAAUCCGUAGGGCAUUACGGGAAAUGGAGUAAAUGGUCACCUUGCACGAGGCUGUGCACUACCCAACGACAUAGGUGGUGCAAGAGACCUGGAAUUUGCGGACGAGACGUGAUACGAGAAACUGCGUAUUGUUACGUAGAGGGUAGCUUCUGCCAAAGAUGGAUACAUCGAAAAAUUAGGGGAAACCAAGAAGAGGACAGCGAUGACAUGGUAUUGGACGAGUUCGAGUUGAAUCCCAACACCGUCGACAGUUUUAUCCCCGAGAAAAGUGCGCACGCUUGGAAAUGUGGACUCGCGAAUCCUCCAAAAAAUUCUCGAUUGUCGUACUUUACGAGAAUUAUCGGUGGACGUCCAGCGACACGGGGUAGUUGGCCCUGGCAGAUCGCCGUUUUAAAUAGAUUUCGCGAGGCUUUUUGCGGAGGUACUUUGAUCUCGUCGAGAUGGGUACUGACGGCCGCGCAUUGCAUCAGAAAACGUCUAUACGUUCGUAUCGGGGAACACAAUUUGACGGUGAAGGAGGGCACGGAAUUGGAGCUGAGGGUGGAUUCAGUUACGAUACAUCCCGAGUACGAUGCCGAUACCGUGGAUAACGACGUUGCAAUGUUGCGUCUUCCAAUCGCAUUGACCGCGUCUCCUUCGAGAGGAAUUGCCUGUCUUCCCGCGCCUAACCAACCUUUACCCGCCAAUCAGCUGUGUACCAUCAUCGGUUGGGGAAAAUCCCGAGUCACGGAUGAUUUUGGAACAGAUAUUCUUCACCAGGCUCAGAUACCGAUAGUGUCCUCGGAAGCCUGUCGUGACGUAUACGUAGACUACAGAAUCACGGAUAACAUGUUCUGCGCCGGUUAUCGUCGCGGAAAAAUGGACUCGUGCGCUGGCGACAGCGGAGGUCCGCUUCUUUGUCGAGAUCCUAGAAGGCCCGAUCAUCCAUGGACCAUUUUCGGUAUCACCAGUUUUGGCGAGGGAUGCGGAAAGCGGGGAAAAUUCGGAAUAUAUGCUAGAAUAUCCAAUUAUGUUCGCUGGAUCACUAGAGUGAUGAAGGAAAUGGACGAGUUCGCGUAACCAUGUACGGACAUGUGUGCGUUCUAUUGUACAAUAGUAUCCAAUUGUUGUGGGGUGUGGUCCAUGUUAGCUACUCGUACACGCGCAAACUUUACAACGAUAUGUAACCGUACGUAACUUUAAACGCGUCAAGAUCAACUACAGAAAUUAUUUUAGCAACAAGAAACAAUUUUUCACCAAUCAAA